UAACCUAUAUAUUAACAAUCAAUCUCCAUAUUUACAAUUAAACCCUUUAACCUUCUUUCUUUCUUAAUCUCACCCGGCCUCUCUCCCUCUACUCAAAUUCUUCUUUCUAAAAAUAAUUUCUCUGCAUUUUUCUUUUUGAUCGGAAUUCUCUGCUCCUUUAUCUUUAGAAGAUAGAAUUAUAAUUGGAAAUGGAAUUAGAAUUAGAAGUCUUCUUCUUUUUUUUUUUCUUUUUUGUUGUAUAUGAUAAUCCAUAGGGUUUUAUUUUGUUCCCUUAUUGUAUAAGGUUUUGGAGUUUUUUUAGAGAUUCGAUUUAGGCUAUUGUAAUAUUGUAAUUUUCCCCCUUUUUGGUAAUUUGAUUUGCUACUUUGACUGUACAUGAAAAUAAGAGUGAUUAUCGAUUUAGGAAUUUAGGGUUUUCUAUUUGCUUAUAUGGAGAAUCGGCGUAGAUCAUUUGAUAGAUCAAGAGAACCUGGUUUGAAAAAACCACGUUUAACUGAAGACCUCACUUCAAACCCUAAUAUCCGGCUUUUUUCUCAACGAGCGAACCCAGUUGGUCCCGCCUCUGGUUUGAGAUUCCGGUCCAAUGACUCCGGCACCAAUGAUUUGACCCUUGCCGACGGUGGAGCUUACGAACCACAGCCAGUGUCACAUCAGCAGCAACACCACCAGCAGCAAGAGUUAGUUAGCCAGUAUAAGACGGCGUUAGCUGAGCUUACUUUUAACUCGAAACCAAUUAUUACUAACUUGACAAUAAUCGCUGGCGAGAAUGUUCAUGCCGCCAAGGCCAUUGCUGCUACUGUCUGCGCUAAUAUUCUUGAGGUUCCCAGUGACCAAAAGCUGCCAUCACUCUAUCUUUUAGAUAGUAUUGUAAAGAAUAUUGGGAGAGAAUACAUUAAAUGUUUUGCUGCCAGAUUACCAGAGGUGUUUUGCAAAGCAUAUAGACAAGUUGAUCCACCCUUACAUCAGAGUAUGCGACAUCUUUUUGGAACUUGGAAAGGGGUAUUCCCUCUUCAGACUCUCCAGGUGAUCGAAAAGGAACUUGGCUUCACUCCUUUGGUAAAUGGUUCGUCUUCAGGAAACACAACAUCUAGAGUGGAUACACUAUCACAGCGUCCACCACAAAGCAUUCAUGUAAACCCAAAGUAUCUAGAGAAGCAGCGUCUUCAACAAUCAAGCAGGGCAAAAGGUAUGGUCAAUGAUAUGGCUGGGACUUUGGGCAACUCAAAGGAGUCUGAGAGGCCGGAUAGAGCACACAGCAUAGCUGAACUGUCAUAUGGAUCUGUUAAAAUGAAUACUCCUGGCAUAGAAGUUCGAAGAACCAGGGGGAAUAUUACUGAUCAGGGGCUUGAUGCGCCUUGGUUUGGAGCUACAAGCAGUGUUACUGAGACUAUUCCUGGCCAGAGGAAUGGUUUCAAUGUUAAGCAUGGAUCUCAAAAUUACUCAGCAUCCAAAACUGUGAAUGCUGAUCCUCGUUUACACCGAACACACAAUAUUUCUGGUAGAAAUAGCAGUGGGUUGUCGAGCAGCUGGAAAAACUCUGAGGAGGAGGAGUUUUUGUGGGAGAUGCACUCUAGGUUGUCUGAACAUGAUGCAGCCAACUUCUCUAAUAACACGAGGAAAGAUUGUUGGACUCCUGAUGUUUCAGAAAAAAUGGAUUUUGAAAGUCAGCUCCACAGACCUCAAAGCAUUCAUGACGUGGGGUCUAGGUUUGAUAGAGAGACUUCCGCUGAUGCAUUAUCCACUGAGCAGAAGGACAAACCUUCUUUUGGGCAUCAGAUUUCUACUGCAUGGACAGAUGGUUUGCCUGCUACUAGUUCAAGCCGUUCUGAGAGCUAUUCUGCUAGUCUUGGUGGAUUGCCUACUGGUGCAAGUUCUUCCCUGGCCAGGAUAGGAAUGCGACCUCAAACGGGCUCAUCCCAUUUGGGAACCCCAGGCUUUGUGUUUUUGGCGAAUGUGGCAUCAGGAUCCACAGGUACUUCUGGAAAGCAGUGUUUAAAGUCCGUAGGAACUGCAUCACCUCCUGAACAGUCUCCUAUGCGCCAGCAUUCACCUUCACCUUCAUUUCCUGCAUGCCAUCCCCAUCAACAGCUACAGAAAUUGGCUGAUCCAGAUUAUCAGCAAGCUCUUUCCCUGCCUUGGGCUGAUCCAAAACCAUCUCAUUUUUCAGGAAAGUUGAGUGUUGGGUCUCAUAGAGACUCUUCUCAGACUUCUGCUCCGAUUUCUUUGCUUCCUAGCCGUCAUCAUCACCUUUCACAGCCACCCCGAUCAGACUCCGUGCAGGCUGAAACUUCUGGUCAGACUCAGAAGCCUCUUCUGUCUCAGAUCUCCAAAGUAGAAGCAGCCUCAGCACUUGGAAGUGCAUUGGAGUGUUCUAAUCCACUUGCUAUUGAAACUUCAGAACUAUCAAGUACUAGUAGUCUAUUAGCUGCUGUAAUGAAGAGUGGAAUCCUCUCCAGCAUUUCAUUUACUGGCAACCUUUCAACUAAGAUUUCUCAAGGUGUUGGGCAAAUUUCACAGCCUCCUCUCCCAAAUUGUCCUCCAGCUGUUUUAACAACCCCAGGCUUGAUUGAUGCUGCAAUUUCAUCAGAUGCAACCCAUGAUGCAAUAACAGCUACUCCGAAUGGUUCCCAGGAAAAACUAGAACAGUUGCCACUGCCUCCUGGACCACCACCUUCAUCUCUUGUUAGUAAUGGCCCAUCGCAAACUUCUGAUGCCGAAAGCAAGGAUACAAAUCCAAUAUCUAACCUUCUGAGCUCAUUAGUUGCAAAAGGUUUGAUAUCUGCAUCAAAGAAGGAUGCUGCAUCUCUACCAUCUCUUCAGAUGCCCAACCAAAUACAGAAGAGCCUGGAAAUCGAGAGGCCAAGUGAAUCAAUGAACAAGAGUUCGGACAUUCAGAGUUCGUCUGAUGCUCCUGGAUCCUCCACAAUGGAUGAGGUAUCCUAUGCUGAACCUGCUUCAAAAUGUUCAGUUCCCCCACAUCAGUCCACCUCAACUGAAGUAGAAAGCUUGAUAGGAUUAGAACUCAGGCCAGAGGUAAUCAGAGAAUUUCAUUCAUCUGUGAUCAGUGGAUUGUUGGAUGACCUUCCACAUUGUUGCAGCUUAUGUGGUCUUCGACUUAAGCUUCAGGGACGGCUUGAUAGACACUUAGAGUGGCAUGAAAUGACAAAGACUGAAUCAAGAGGUUCUGGUAGGGCAUUGAGGGGCUGGUACGCGAGGUCAGAUGAUUGGCUUGCUGGAAAGCCUGGGCAAUUGGUAUUUGAUUCCACUGGUUCUCUGAACAAGUUGGAAAAGAAAACAGAAAAGGCUGAGCUUAUGGUUCCUGCAGAUGAAAAUCAGUGUGCAUGCUUGUUAUGUGGCGAGCUAUUUGAAGAUUAUUUUAGCCUGGACAGGGGUGAAUGGAUGUUUAAGGGAGCAGCAUUCUUGACUAUCCCAUCAAAGGAUGGUGGGGUGGGAACUGCUGAUGGGAGUGCAGCCAAUGGCCCCAUUGUGCAUGCAAAUUGCAUGUCAGAAAGUUCAGUUCAGGACUUGGGACUGUCUGGUGGUAUUAAAGUGGAAAUGGAAGAAAACGCUCUAAGGUGAAUGAAUGGAGCUAUGAGUUGCAGUGUCAUUAGUAGAGCCCUGACUAAAGAAUCCAGGUUUACUUUUUCCUUAGCUUAAAUGUCUAUCAAACGGCCUUUGUAUGCUAAUUUUUGUGGUGCUGAGAAUUUCUACUAGUGUUGUUGCUUUUAUGGUUCCCAUUUUUGUUUUCCUUCCUUUCAAAGGUUAAAGUACACAUAAAUACCACAUAAUUUUUGCUUUUCCGUGUUUAA